AUGGAAAUGAUCGGGAAAACGAAGUGCGCCAUAUUAACACUCUUCAUACUCCAGUUUAUAGCACUUUGUGGUGCUGAAACUGUACUGUCUGCCGUGUGGAACAAUCCUGCAUUCGGAGUCUCCAUUCCAGAUGUCGUUACCUUGGAAAAUGGCAGAGCAAAAAAUUUAACCAUUACUGUAAAACCACUGAAUGAGACUGCUGUGUUUACUUUCAACAUUACCUACUCUUCUAAGAACAGAACCAUUGUCCGCCUUCCUGAUGAAAUUGUCCUGUUGCCAGAGUCAAAGCAAUCAGUUUUUACGGUGGCUGCAGAAGAUGUGGGACAGGUCACGGCCUAUUUGUACAGAAAUAGCUCUCACACUGCUGGGCCCAGAAUCCGGUUCCUGGUGAUCCACAGCCUCACUGUGGAGGUACUGGAGCAGAUCAUUGGCUGGAUUUAUUUCUUGGCCUGGUCUGUGUCCUUCUACCCUCAGGUGUUUGAGAAUUGGAGGAGGAAAAGUGUUGUGGGCCUGAGCUUCGACUUCCUGGCAUUAAAUCUCACAGGCUUCAUAUCUUACAGUGUUUUCAAUGUUGGACUCUUCUGGAUUCCAUACAUCAGGGAACAAUUUUUACAAGUCUACCCCAAUGGCGUGAUCCCGGUUGAUGCCAAUGAUGUGUUUUUUAGUCUCCAUGCAGUGCUGAUAACUCUCGUUACUAUUAUUCAAUGCUGCAUUUAUGAGAGGGGUGAACAAAGGGUUUCCAAAGUGUCUAUUGGUCUACUGGUCAUCGCCUGGCUCUUUGCGUUCUCCAUGUUAUUUGUGGCAGUGGCAGGAAGAGUCACCUGGCUUCAGUUCCUGUUCUUCUUUUCAUACAUAAAACUGGCCAUUACUCUGAUGAAAUACUUCCCACAGGCCUACAUGAAUUUCCGCCGGCAAAGUACUGCGGGAUGGAGUAUUGGAAAUGUGCUGCUUGAUCUCACUGGUGGCAGCUUCAGCAUUCUCCAAAUGUUCUUGCAGUCUUACAAUAAUGAUGAAUGGGAGUUAGUAUUUGGCGACCCCACAAAAUUUGGCUUGGGAUUCUUUUCCAUUAUCUUUGACAUUGUAUUUAUCAUUCAGCACUAUUGCUUGUACCGCAAAAAUCAAGGCUAUCAAAAUGUUUGACCAAGUCGACCACACUCCAAAGCACUUUUUUUAUUUUAUAAACAUUAAUUUUUAUUUUUCUAUAACGAAGAUAUUUUUG